AAGGCGCUACUAUGCACCGCUCCCCUGUAUAACAACUCUGAGGUUUGGAGGAGCUGGGCGCUUACAAACUGCAACCGAAAAAUUUGGGGUAUCAACGUGGCAAACGCUCAAUUGAAUAUGUCUCACAGGAAGCCGCAGAGCUGUACACGUCGAUUAUUGCUAUUCCUACAUCGCACGUCCGUGUUACCGGCCGUCAUCUUACUACUCCUGUGCUUCACCGCGUGCUCUACUCCAUCGGAAAGCAAAAUGGGAAGUACAUGUAAAAAUGUCUGGAGUAUAUUAUACCAACGUGCUCGGGCUCAGUCCCGGGCCCUUAGUUCUACUAGUGGGAAGACGGAUCCUAGAAAUAAGGGUGAAUGUUUGGAGAGGGAAAACAACACUACAGCUUGUGAAUGUGGAUUUGCAUUAUUGGACUCUUGCUUCUUUAGUGACAAAAAGAUGCUUGAAAUUGAAAAGGGUGCAAAGGAAUUAAAUACUCCUAUCAUACGAGCCAACCAAAAGUUAGUUGCAUCUGUCAAUGGAGGGUUGUAUAACCCAUCUCCUUUGGUUUUCAAUGCUGCUUGGAGUGACGAACAUUUGAGGCACAUGACAACAGGGAGAUUUUCUUAUCCUUCUCCCUCUGAUGUACAAAGGCCGGAAAAUGAUGAAGAUAUUGCCUUUAUGAGUAUUCCGGAAUUGGGGGAACUCAUUAAGACAAAACAAGUUACAUCCGUGGAGCUUACUGGUAUCUUUUUGAAACGAUUAAAGAGGUAUGGUCCUGUCUUGGAAUCUGUGGUCACACUUACCAAAGAAUUAGCAUAUCAACAAGCUAAAGUGGCAGAUCAGCUGCUUGCAAAAGGAGAAUAUUUGGGUGCACUUCAUGGGAUUCCUUAUGGUCUGAAGGAUAUUAUUUCAGUCCCUCAGUACAAGACAACAUGGGGAUCCAAAACUUAUAUUAAUCAAACUCUUGAUAUUGAAGCAUGGGUUUAUAAAAGGUACAGAGAACUGAAAGUGUUUGUUAUGCAUGGGGAUUCUUUGCAUCAAAAGGAUAUACCCGAAGGAGCGGUGAAAUUUAAGGGAGUUUUCUUUCUCCUUAGGAGUUUGGAGAGUUUCCCUUCUCCUUGGUUUCCUUUUCCUUCUUUCUUGGAUAUCUUAUUUGCAUAUCACAUGUUUUUGUAACAUCGUUUACAUGCAUGUAAAUUCCUAAAACCAGGAAAAAGAAAUCCUAGCAAAUCACUUCCUAAAUCAGAUUAACGCAUGAAGGUAUCAGAAUAAAAUCAAUCAAGCAAAACAAUGAUCUAUCACUCCUCAUUCAUCUACUCAGUUGCUCUUUUAUCUUCCCAUAAUAUUGUAGUUUAGUGUAGAGAUUAAAAUAUUCAAUUGAUUAUGAUAAGAUUUGUUCUGAUCAUAAUUUGAUUUCUUAGGAUCAAUUCAUUUUAAAUUGAAGUCACAUAUCGGAAAAUUGUGAAAUAAUAAAGUGCUAUAUUAAGAUAUGGGCUACUCCUCUUAUCGGAUUGACUUUUGAGGAUGAAAUCCCGUAUCUUAACACAAUUCGAAGAUUUGUAAGUAUUAAGAGAUCUUGUACAUCACCGCCGUCUAAUCAAUUUGGAGGCCCGUUCUAAAUGUAAAAUCGAGGCCCCACAUUAAUAUAAAAAAAUUAAACAAUAACCAUCCAAAUACUUAUAUUCAAAUCAAUUGAAUAUUCAUUAAAAAAGAACUAAAAGAGUAAAAGGAUCAACGAAAAAAAUGGUGGAUCUAUAUUUUUUCCUUACUAACUGUAUUUAAUAUUAAUAUACUACCUGCAUCUCGAAAAGGUUCGGCAUAUUGAGUUUUCUUGGUCAAUGAUGACAAACUUUGGAUAAUGAUUUUAAUUAAUAUAUUUCAAUAAAAUUUAUAAUUUUUAUAUUUUUAUGAAAAUAUUUUUAAUGAAGAACAUUUUGGUAUAAUUUUCAUAUUCAAAAUAAUUUCCUGCUAAAAAAUAUCAUUGAUCAAAGUUGAUUGUCAUUGAUCAAGAAAAAUCAAUUUGACAAAUUGUUUUUGGGGAGGAGGGAGUAUAAUAUUACUCCGUACUAUAUAAUACUAAAAGAAAUUUAAAAAUUUGGGGCCCCAUAAAUCUGGGGGCCUUUUCUAGAUAACCUAUUGAAUCCUCUAAAAAUGGCCCUAUUGUACAUAAUUACUUUUGCUUUAUUAACCUAGUCGAGGCCUAUAAGUUGUAAUUACCUGAUGUAUUUUACACUUAAGAAUUAAAUUCUAUUCUUCAAAUUGGGACCAGAGCUUCACGUUUCUAGGGGCUCUGCUUCCGCGCACAACACAAUAAAAGGUCGUUCUCAUUGCAAAAUUACUACCAAAAAGCUGCUCCUCUAGGUUCUGUUCCAGAGGCGAUUUUUCCUUUUUCGAAAAUGCCACCUUGCUACUCUGGUAUUCUUUUUCUUCACAAUGCCUCUCUUCCACCUUUGACCCACAAUGACCUCCCAAUCCUCCCAAUAUUGCAAGGGUCAUACUAGUUAGAUGGGUGCAACUAUCUUCAAUGGGCCCAACUUCUUCGUAGAGGACGUAAGAGGAUUAAUCACAACGAAGACAAAGUCCUUGCUAGAAGACAAAGCUCUCAGUGAUUGAGACUCAACAAGAGCAAGAAGUUAAUUCCGAACAACUUCCUUUCACAAAGGAACAGAUAGAACACCUACUUCAGUUUCUAGCUACCUAAAAAAUAUCCAACCAGGAAACCCCUUCUUGUUCUUUUGCCCAAAAUGGUAAAACUAUAUCAUAAUUCUGUUCUGAAAAAUAAAAUAACACCCGGGUCCUUGACUCAGGUGCAACAGACCACAUGACCUUUAUUCCAAAUUCCUAUUGUUCCUAUAAACCUUGUGCAGGGGAUAAAAAAGUCAAAUUGCAGAUGGCUCUUUUUCAGCCAUUGCAGGGAUGGGAAAUGUCAAGAUUUCCUCAUCUAUUAACCUUUCUAAAGUCCUACAUGUUCCAAAACUUUCUUGUAACCCUGUCUCUGUUAGCAAGUUAACCAAAGAUCGCAUCGAGGAGGAUGAUUGGCAGUGCUAGAGAGGAAGAUGGACUCUAUAUCUUUUUUGAAGGGACUGAAUUAAAUAAAGAAGAAGUCAGAAGAGAAAAAGCAGAAAGAAGGUAAUGAUGAGUCUAAAAUAUCAAGGCCAACAACAAAGCAUUGAAGGGUCAACAUUAUAUACCUCUUCUAGACAGAAUGAAAACAAGAAAAAAGGGAUGCCAUGUUGGUGUGAUCAGUGUAAGAAACCAGGCCAUACCAAAGAAACAUGUUGGAAUUUGCAUCGUAAACCUAAAUAUUUCAAAUCAAGCAAAGGGAAAGAAGCCUAUGUAGCUACCGGAGAUAAGGAAGACAUGGACACAUCACACAUCUAAUUCUGCUGCAUUUAUCAAUGAGCAGAUUGAGGUCCUUCAACACCUAAUAAGUCAGCGCAAAGGGCCUACACCACCAACUAGCUUGACUCCUCAGACAGGUUUUGUGGAAAAUGUUGGCUCUUGGAGUUGCUGCAUUGGAAGCCACACCGACGAUAGUUGAGGCGGAACUUCUGUAGAGUGUAGAUGAAGUGUUUAGAGAAGGGCAUGCUUCAUUGCCUGAUGUGGAGUCCAUUGAUUUGGAAACGUCGGGAAUCUGGUUAGAAAGUUUCUGAACCGAUUCCUAUAAUGCAGUACCUGCUGCACCUUUUGCACCGUAUUUUGAAGCUUGUGAAGGUGCCCUUCGUUUCUCAGUAUCUCUGGAAGGAGCAUGCACUGAUUAGUGGCUCUGUGGAAAAUGUUUGCUCUUGGAGUUGCUUUGUCGGAAGCCACACCAACGGUAGUUGAGGCGGAACUUCAGUAGAGUGUAGAUGAAGUGUUUAUAGAAGGGGGUGCUUCAUUGCCUGACGUGGAAAGGUCGGGAAUCUGGUUAGAAAGUUUCUGAACCCACUCCUAUAAUGGCUACAGUACUUCGAAGGUGCCCUUCGCUUGUCAGUAUCUCUGGAAGGAGCAUGUACUCAUCAGUUGUAAGUGUUGUGAAAUUUCCCAUGACACCAGCAAUGGAACCGAAAUGUUAUAUACCGGGAUUCUUUGCGUCACGGGAAUGAAUUAUAGUGAUAAACAGGAAGGAGCGGUGGAUUUCAUGGAGUUCCCCCCGUCCUUUGGAAUUUGGGGUUGAGAUCUGCUGGGGCAGUGCUUGUUGCAAAGCUAGUUACGGGAUCGUUAGCAUAUGAUGACAUCUGGUUCGGUGGAAGGACAAGAAACCCAUGGAAUAUUCAGGAAUUUUCCACUGGUUCAUCAGCGGGACCCGCUGCUUGCACCUCUGCAGGUUUAGUGCCAUUUGCAAUUGGUUCAGAAACAGCAGGGUCCAUUACUUAUCCUGCUUCCCGUUGUGGUGUCACUGCCAUUCGUCCUUCUUUUGGAUCGGUCGGUCGAACUGGAGUUAUGAGCAUAUCCGAAAGCCUGGACAAAUUAGGCCCUUUCUGUCGAGAUGCUGCAGAUUGUGCGAUCAUUUUAGAUGCAACCCGGGGUAAGGACCCUAAUGAUCCAUCGUCCAGGGAUAUUCCACUGUCUGAUCCAUUUUUGGUUGAUGUCAAGAUGCUCACUGUUGGGUAUCUAAAGGAUGCUGAUAUGGAGGUUGUUGAUGUACUUUUGACAAAAGGGGUCAAAAUGAUUCCAUUCGAACUAAACUACACAGUUGAGUCAGCACAAGGCAUACUUAAUUUUACAAUGGAUGUUGAUAUGCUGUCUCAUUUCGAUGAAUGGCAGCGAUCAAACAAGGAUGAUGAGUAUGAGGCUCAUGACCAGUGGCCCCUUGAGCUUCAGCGAGCACGAGUUAUAUCUGCGGUGGAUUAUAUCCAGGCACAAAGAAGUAGAUGGAAGUUGAUUCAAGAAGUGAGAGAGAGUUUCAAAGUGGAUGCUUUAAUUGGAAAUGCAACUGAUUGGGAAAAAGUGUGUGUGGGAAAUCUCGUUGGCAUGCCUGUGGUUGUUGUCCCAACUGGGUUUAAGAAGAUAUCUAAUUCACCUUCGAAUGAUACUCCGCGAAGAACGACAAUCACCACUGGCAUUUAUGCUCCACCUGACCAUGACCAUAUUGCAUUGGCAUUGGCAAUGGCUUACCAGAGUGUCACUGAUCAUCACAAGCAACGUCCACCGAUAGAUAAUCUCGGACCAAAUGAAACCAUCCCCAAUCCACCUUCAUCCCCUAUCCCGGCACGACAAUUGCGUGCCUAUUAGGUCCAACUAUGCUGUUGAUAGGUAAUCCUAUCUAUAUACCAAGAUUGAACAUGGGUUGGUCUUACUGUUGUUGCACCUAUCAUAUGAAUAUUAAGAAGUGUUUUGACUAUGGGCAUCAUAAUAUUGUUUACAAGCUUUUGUGGCAUUGUUUGGAUGGGAAGACUAGCAAAGCUCUAUAAUGAUACAGUAACGCUAAAAUAAAGAGGAUGAGUAAUUUUUUCAUGUACACAAUGGUUUUUCAAUUUUGUUCUUCAAGUUAUUGCAUAAAGUUUCCAUCA